AUGCCUACACUACUGCGAGACAUGGGCGAUUGCCACAACGAUGUCAAGCUUACCAAUGGGAUUGGCCAUACACAGAAUGGUCAUCAUGAUGGAAAUGAACCCGAGGAACUACUUGACGUAGUAGUGGUAGGAGCCGGCUUUGCAGGCUGUUAUCUGCUCUACAAAUUACGACAACAGGGCUUCAAGACGAAGAUUGUCGACGCAGCAUCAGACCUCGGAGGUAUUUGGCACUGGAAUACUUAUCCUGGAGCCCGUGUGGACAGCCAAUAUCCGAUUUAUGCCCUGUCGCUACCCGAGGUAUACGAAGACUGGAACUGGAGCUCACACUAUCCAGACCAUGUCGAGCUUAGACAAUAUUUCGCGCACGUGGACAAAAAGCUGCAGAUCAAGAAGGACACGGUCUUUAACUCGAAAGUCAUCUCGGCCGAUUUCGACGAGACUCGAAACCAAUGGUUACUGACUUGCGACACGGGCAGGAAAUUCCGCGCGACGCAUUUCAUCGCGUCGCUAGGGUUUGCGGCGAAGAGAUACUUUGGGGAAUGGGAAGGACUCGAUUCGUUCAAGGGCGUCAUUCACCACAGUUCAUUCUGGCCACACGAAGGGGUUCACGUCAAGGGUAAGAGGUGUGCGGUGAUCGGCACCGGGGCAACAGGGGUACAGAUCACGCAAGAGUGGGCUAGGGAAAUCGGCGACGAAGGCGACCUGAAGAUGUUUCAGCGGACGCCCAAUCUGGCAUGUCCCAUGAGACAGGUGUUCCUGACGGCAGAGGAGCAAGAAAAGGACAAGAAGAACUAUCCGGAGUUGUUCAACCAAAGAUGGGUAAAUUACAAUGGAUUCUUAUACCAGUUUCGAGCCGAGAAGAUGUUCGACGCCAGCCCUGAGGAGCGGCAGGAGAUGUUCAACAUGUUGUGGAAUAUGGGCGGCUUCCGCUUCCUCAUGAACAACUACUACGACAUGACACGCGAACUUAGCGCCAACCGCGAAGCGUACAACUUCUGGCGGGACAAAGUGCGGGAGCGGGUGCACGACACCAAGAAAGCGGCACUCCUGGCACCGUGGGACCCACCGCACCCAUUCGGCGCGAAGCGGCUGAGUCUGGAGCAAGACUUCUACGACCACUUCAACAAGGCCAACGUGCACGUGGUGGAUAUGAAGAGCAACCCGAUCGCACGCUUCACUAGCGAGGGGAUCGUGCAGACGGACGGGACGGAGCACGCGCUCGACGUGAUCGCGCUCGCGACCGGCUUCGACUCCAUCACCGGCGGCAUCAAGGACAUUGCGAUCCGUGGGCGAGACGGCGCCCUGCUUACCGAGAAAUGGAAGACCGGGACCUGGGCGUACCUCGGCCUGACGACGGCCGGGUUUCCGAACUUCUGGUUCACGUAUGGCCCGCACGCGCCGACGGCGUUCAGUAACGGGCCUUCUUGCGUCGAGUUGCAAGGUGACUGGCUGGUGGAUUUGUUCGUCGCCAUGCGUGACAAGGGUUAUACGCGUGCCGAUGCCGAUGUCGCUGCCGAGAAUGACUGGCGCGCCCUGGUCAAGGAGUUGAGUCUCAAGGGCGUCAGGGGCCAUACUGAUUCCUGGUAUAAUGGUGCCAACAUCCCGGGGAAACCGAGGGAGCCGUUGAAUUAUGCGGGUGGGAUCCCCAUGUAUAUCAAGACGUUGGAGGAGUGUAAAUCGGAGGGUUAUAAGGGUUUCAUCAUGCAGUAA